CCUACAUUUUGUGCUGCUGCUUUCGGAGCUCAUUACCCAGCUGUAGUUGAUCGGAAGGGGAAAGGGUUUUGUUGGUGUUCUUUUUUUCAAAAGGUGUUGGGUAGUACAGCAGUGACUGUCACAGGAGACAUCCGUCUGGAUGGUUGGAAAAGGAUGGCCAUUUUGUUUGCAGCCUUUGUUUUCAUCCCCUUCAAAUGGAGUCCAUGAUGCUCUUGCAACGGAAGGAGUGAGGGAUACUCCCAAUAUAAAAUGGAGAAAAAACGAAGAAAGAAAUGAAGGCCUUUUUAAGUAGGCUUCAUUGUUAAAGACCAUGCAUUCAGUAAUACUAUUGUACUUAUUUUUCCCAGACACCCAGUAGUAUCCCUUGGAAAAGCUGAAACACUGAAAAAGAAAAGAGUUCCAUCUAAAAAGAAAAUGAACUGUUAACUUUCAUACGUAGAAGGGAAGUCCUACUUUCUGGAACUGUGAGCUUCGUUCAGGAUUUCCGUUGUGAGGAUGAAGUUGUUAGGCUUCUGGCUGCUCCUUGUUGUUUUUCUUCUUUGUGGCAAACAGCGACUUGGUUCCAGGGUGGGGAAUGCUUCUCGUAAGGUUGUCAUAUGUCCAAACUGUCCUCACUUGACAUUGAAAGUGGAAUUUUCAUCAACUGUUGUAGAGGACGAAUAUAUUGUAGCCUUUAAUGGUUACUUCACAGCCAAUGCUAGGAGUAAGUUCAUUUCAAGUGCUUUGAAAAAUAGCAAUGUGGUGGACUGGACAAUUCUUCCCCGAGAUAACCCAGCCAGUGAUUAUCCAAGUGAUUUUGAAGUAAUUCAGAUCAAGGAGCAGCAACGACAUGGUGUGCUUUCUUUGGAGGAUCAUCCACACAUCAAACGAGUAACACCACAACGGAAGGUUUUCCGGUCACUGAAAUACACUGAGACUGAUCCUCAUUCGCCCUGUAAUGAAACUCGGUGGACACAGAAAUGGCAGUCUUCACGACCUUUGAGAAGAACUAGCUUGUCAGUGGGCUCUGGAUUUUGGCAUGCAACAGGCAGACACUCAAGUAGACGACUUCUGAGAGCCAUCCCCCGACAGGUGGCACAAACCUUGCAAGCAGAUGUACUUUGGCAGAUGGGAUAUACAGGAGCUGAUGUGAAAGUAGCGGUAUUUGAUACUGGUCUCAGUGAGAAACACCCACAUUUCAAAAAUGUCAGAGAGAGGACAAAUUGGACAAAUGAGAAGACCUUGGAUGAUGGUUUGGGCCAUGGCACCUUUGUUGCUGGAGUAAUAGCUAGCAUGCGAGAGUGUCAGGGAUUUGCCCCCGAUGCCGAACUCCACAUUUUCAGAGUCUUCACCAACAACCAGGUCUCAUACACAUCAUGGUUUUUGGAUGCCUUCAACUACGCAAUCCUUAAAAAGAUAGAUGUCUUAAACCUUAGCAUUGGGGGACCAGAUUUUAUGGACCAUCCUUUUGUUGAUAAGGUAUGGGAGUUGACAGCUAAUAAUGUCAUCAUGGUUUCUGCAAUUGGAAAUGAUGGCCCCUUGUAUGGCACCCUGAAUAAUCCUGCUGACCAAAUGGAUGUGAUUGGAGUUGGUGGAAUUGAUUUUGAAGAGAACAUAGCUCGAUUUUCCUCUAGAGGAAUGACAACAUGGGAACUGCCGGGUGGCUAUGGCAGAGUGAAGCCAGACAUAGUUACAUAUGGCUCUGGAGUAAGAGGUUCUGGAAUAAAGGGUGGCUGUCGUUCUCUGUCCGGGACCAGUGUUGCAUCUCCAGUGGUAACUGGGGCUGUAACUUUGUUAGCAAGCACUGUGACCAAUCGUGAGAUUGUGAACCCAGCAAGUAUGAAGCAAGCCUUGAUAGCAUCGGCACGCAGGCUGCCAGGGGUGAAUAUGUUUGAGCAGGGUCAUGGUAAAUUAGAUCUUCUCAAGGCAUACCAGAUUCUCAACAGCUACAAACCACAGGCUAGCCUGAGUCCAAGUUACAUUGACCUGACUGAGUGUCCUUACAUGUGGCCAUACUGUUCCCAGCCUAUUUACUAUGGAGGAAUGCCUACCAUUGUCAAUGUAACCAUUCUGAAUGGCAUGGGUGUUACUGGCCGGCUUGUUGACAAGCCUAUUUGGCAACCAUAUAUGCCCCAGAAUGGAGACAAUAUUGAAGUGGCUUUCUCUUAUUCUCCUGUAUUAUGGCCCUGGUCAGGUUACCUGGCUAUUUCCAUUUCUGUGGCAAAGAAAGCAGCUGCAUGGGAAGGCAUCACACAGGGUCAUGUGAUGGUCACCAUAGCAUCUCCAGCUGAUGAUGAAUCUAAGACUGCUGAGCAGACAUCAACUAUAAAGCUGCCAAUCAAGGUGAAAAUCAUUCCAACCCCUCCUCGAAGCAAGCGAAUACUGUGGGAUCAGUAUCAUAAUCUGCGAUAUCCACCAGGGUAUUUUCCAAGGGAUAACCUACGGAUGAAGAAUGAUCCUCUGGACUGGAAUGGGGACCAUAUUCACACCAACUUCCGAGACAUGUACCAGCACCUAAGGAGUAUGGGAUACUUUGUAGAAGUCCUUGGAUCACCAUUUACUUGCUUUGAUGCCAGCCAGUAUGGUACUUUACUGAUGGUGGACAGUGAAGAAGAAUACUUCCCGGAGGAAAUCACUAAACUAAGACGAGACAUUGACAAUGGACUAUCCCUUAUUGUGUUUGGUGAUUGGUACAACACUUCUGUCAUGAGAAAGGUGAAGUUCUAUGAUGAAAAUACAAGGCAGUGGUGGAUGCCAGAUACUGGAGGUGCUAAUAUACCAGCAUUGAAUGACCUACUGUCAGUAUGGGGUAUGGCCUUCAGUGAUGGACUCUAUGAAGGAGAUUUCAGCUUGGCAUCACAUGACAUGUAUUAUGCUUCUGGGUGCAGCCUUGCAAAAUUUCCAGAAGAAGGAAUAAUUAUUGGCCAGACUUUAAAGGACCAAGGACUAGAAGUGCUAAAACAGGAGACCAGCAUUGUGGAAAAUGUGCCAAUUCUGGGCCUUUACCAAACACCCUCUGAAGGUGCAGGACGGAUAGUUCUUUAUGGAGAUUCAAACUGCCUUGAUGACAGCCACAGGCAGAAAGAUUGCUUUUGGUUGCUGGAUUCUCUCCUGCAGUAUACAUCCUAUGGAAUGAUGCCAUCAAGUUUGAGUCACUCGGAAAGUAGGCAGAAGUCUGCUCCUGUAACAGAUCAUCCUCUCCCUGAGAGAAUGGAAGGCAACCACUUGUACCGCUAUUCAAAGGUACUAGAAGCACAUCUUGGAGACCCAAAGCCUCGUCCUCUUCCAGCCUGCCCUCAUUUAUCAUGGGCCAAACCCCUCCCUUUGAAUGAGACAGCACCUAGUAAUCUCUGGAAGCAUCAGAAGCUGUUGUCAGUUGACUUGGAUAAGGUGGUGUUACCAAAUUUCCAGCAGAACCGACCACAAGUGAGACCUCUGUCUCCAGGGGAGAGUGAGUCUUGGGAUAUUCCUGGAGGUAUAAUGCCUGGUCGAUAUAAUCAAGAUGUCGGACAGACUAUUCCUGUAUUCGCUUUCUUGGGUGCCAUGGUAGUACUGGCAUUCUUCGUGGUGCAGAUCAAAGCCAAAAGCAAACCUAAGAGAAGAAAACCAAGAGUCAAGCGACCACAGCUCCUGCUGUCACAUCCACCAAAGUCUCCUUCUGUGUAACUGACAGUGCUCACCAAAGAUAACAUUAUUUAACUGACUUUGUCUUUGGAGUAUGUUGCAUAAACUUCUAAGUUUUUGACCUGCAAAAAUGGAAACUAUUUGGAUCCAUUAAAAUCCACCAAAGACAACAAGCUGUUUUAUUAGCAGCUGUCUAGCUGUAUAUCUUGAGGAAAUGGACCUCUUUUUUUUAAGUGACCAAAACCAAGAUUGUUUUGCUAAAACUUGUUUUCUAUAUUUAUUAUUAAAAUGUUCAACACAUAAAAGAGAAAAGAUAUCUGGAUGGAAUCGCAUUAAAAUAGGACAUCAUACUUUUCCCAGCUUCUGCUGCCUUCUGAUUGAGGUAUGGUUGCAUCAUGCUGCAUCUUGUAGCAUGUAGAACAAACAACUGCAGUGGAAGACUGGGUCUGGGAGUGGGCUGUGCAACUUAGAAAGGUCUGAUUUAUUUUUUAUAAAAUGACUAUUGUUGUGGCAUUUUGUAAAUUUUAAUCAUGAUUUCACCAUUGUCGGUGGAGAAAACUUUCAUCAAAUACAAUAUGAAUUUGUAAACAUU